CUAAGGCCGCUGUGGGAGGAUCCCCUUUAACCUGGGAGAGAACUUUAACUUUGCUGAGUAGAACCUGUGUCUGGGUCGGUACCGAAGAGCACCUUCCUCUGUUUCAAAUGCGCAUUGGUUUCCCUCAGCUGGAGCAAAGCCUGGGACGGGGAGGGGGCUCUGUGGGGCCUUCCAGACUGGAUAAGUAUAACGACUGAGAGCCGCGCACACGCUCAACAGUGUCUCAAGACCCCUCCAGGAACCCAAUAACUCGCCCUCCAAACUGUACCAGACUUGCCCCUCAGUCAUCUCUGGUAUGAGGGAAGCACUCUGGUGCAGCGCGAGAGACCUGGACUCCGAGUCUUCACCCCUGGGUUCUCGUCCUAGCUUGAACACCCACCUACCUGCCUGCCGUUUUCACACAGAUCCUGCCAUAAUUGACUGAUCAGAAAAUUAGACUCAUGGAUCUGACAUCACCAUCAUAAACUAACACUUGGAUGAUUCAGCCUAUCAAAGCCCUGGGACUUGAGAUUUCCAGAAAAAUUCUAGCCACAAAGCAGAAAACUUCUAUGGAGGGAGAUGCUAAGCUACAAGCAGAGUAUCAGGGAAACCGCAGGUAUGGAAACAACUUGCUGACAUCAGGAAGGCAGGUGCAUCGAGGGACUAAAAUGACUGACAGUGAACUUUAAAUCCACCACAUGUUACAUAUGGACCUGCCUUGUGGUCUCCAGCAAGUCAGCGAUAGAGCCACGGAGGGAUUGCUAAGCAACUACUGCCUGGAGACAGAGGGGCGGGGCCGUUGGGGCGGGGCCAGGCUGGAGCGGCCGAUUGGCUGAGACCCAAGGCGGGGCCAAUAGAGCACGCGCGCCAAAUUUCCAACCAACACGUAACAAACGCAGAGGGAAGUGCUUCCGGGUCGCCGCCGGCUACAGCCUCCCGGCGUGUCUAGAAGCCAUGUCCACCUUGUUCCCCUCACUCUUCCCCCGUGUGACUGAGACACUGUGGUUUAAUCUGGAUCGACCCUGUGUGGAGGAGACAGAACUGCAGCAGCAAGAACAGCAGCAUCAGGCCUGGCUCCAGAGCAUCGCAGAGAAGGACAACAAUCUGGUACCUAUUGGCAAGCCAGCCUCAGAGCACUAUGAUGAUGAGGAAGAGGAAGAUGAAGAUGAUGACGAAGAUAGUGAAGAGGACUCAGAGGAUGAUGAGGACAUGCAGGACAUGGAUGAGAUGAAUGACUACAAUGAGUCACCUGAUGAUGGAGAGGUCAAUGAGGUGGACAUGGAGGGCAAUGAACAGGAUCAGGAUCAGUGGAUGAUCUAGGUAGACAAGGCAGGGUGGUCUCCAGGAGAUUCCAGGCCAGCCCGGCCUACCCUGGACCCCUGAAGAACCAGCUGAUCACCCUCCAGUGCCUGAAAGCUCACCCCUGAGCACUCAUCAGCUGCUGCCAGGACCUGGUCUCCAAGGCCCCUCCCAGGCCAUCAGUCUGCCCCUGAAUCCUCAGGGCCUGAGCCCACUCCAUCUUUCUGGCCAGCACCUCACCCCUUGAUUUCCAUAUCUAAUCUCUUUUUAAUUCUCUUUAAUAAAGACACAGGACUGAUUUUUUUCCCCCCA